CUUGACCUUCUGUUGGAAGUCCAUAAAUGUGCGAGUUCCGCGCAGCAUUUGAUAUUUUCGUUCAGGAUGCUGAGGAUGGAUGCAUCAGCACUAAGGAGCUCGGGAAGGUGUUGAGGAUGCUGGGCCAGAACCCCACGCCGGAGGAGCUCCAGGAGAUGAUUGAUGAGGUGGAUGAGGACGGCAGUGGUACAGUGGAUUUUGAGGAGUUUUUGGUCAUGAUGGUGAGGUGCAUGAAAGAUGAUAGCAAAGGAAAGUCAGAGGAAGAACUGGCAGAACUCUUCCGUAUGUUUGAUAAGAAUGCAGAUGGUUACAUUGAUCUUGAUGAACUGAAGCUGAUGCUGGAAGCUACAGGUGAAACCAUCACUGAAGAUGACAUUGAGGAGCUAAUGAGGGAUGGAGACAAAAACAGUGAUGGGAAAAUUGAUUAUGAUGAGUUCUUGGAGUUCAUGAAAGGGGUGGAAUAAAUAAUGAAGAAAUGUCUUCCUGGUGUUUCUCCCUGGAUUGUCUGAACACAAAAGCAGA